UUCCCCUGCCAAAAUAAAUCAUUUUCUAAAAAAAAUAAAAUGAAUUUAAUAAAUAAUUUAUUUAAAAUUAAAAUAUUUUUAUCCCUAAACUUAAUUUUGGCACAAAAAAUAAAUGAAAAUGGGAAAGAUGAUGAAAUUACUGAAAGACUUCCUGGACAAGAUUUUGACCUUAAUUUUAAACAUUAUUCUGGUUAUCUUCAAGUCUCAAAAACCAAAUUUCUCCAUUAUGUCUUUACUAAAUCACAAAAUAAUUCUGAUAAGGAUCCUUUGGUUUUAUGGUUAAAUGGUGGCCCUGGAUGUUCUUCACUUCUCGGUCUAUUUACCGAAUUGGGCCCUUAUUUGCUUUUGGAGGAUGGCUCUAAUAAAUUAAUUAGAAAUCCUUAUUCUUGGAAUAACAAUGCUAAUGUUUUGUUUCUUGAAUCCCCAGCGGGGGUUGGAUAUUCUUAUUCAACUGAUGGAAAUAUUACUACAAAUGAUGAUGAAGUAAAUAAUUAUAUGUAUUUUUAG